CAGCAGCGCCGGCUUCCCAAAAUCCGAAAAACCGCGAGCGGCACCCACCUGAAUCCGCGUCCAAAAUACCACCAGCGUCCCCCGCCCACACCAUCUACCUCGUCCCUUUUCCCUCUCUAUUUAACUCCCACCCUUCCCCUCUUCGUCCGCCUAGGGUUUCGGAUCCGAAUACCGAAUCCGAAUCCGAAUCCGAAUCGAUGAAUAGAUCCGGCGCCAAGCAUCACCACUCUUCGAGAAAGCGCGCGUUCCUCCUCGCCUGCGUCCUCCUCCUCGGAUCGGCUCUCGUCGCCGAUUUCCUGUGGGCUUCGUCGCCGUCGAGCUCGCUCUCCAAGGCUCUGGAUCUCUCCAUCAGCAGGGCCAUCGGAGACCGAGCUCCGACCCCCGCGCCCAAGUCCAGCAAGCCCAAAGAGAGAGUUAAUUUGACCGGAGCGUCGGGUUCACAAGGCCUCAACGCUACUUUUGCUGAUAUACCAGCUCCUCCGCUAGAAUGGGAGGAGAUGGCGGCGGCGCCUGUGCCUCGCCUGGAUGGAGCCGCGAUACAGCACGAGAAUCUUCUCUAUGUGUUUGCUGGAUAUGGCACCAUCGACUAUGUGCAUUCUCAUGUGGACAUUUAUAAUUUUACGGAUAAUACUUGGGGUGGCAGAUUUUCUAUGCCGAAAGAAAUGGCAAAUUCACAUCUAGGCAUGGCAACAGAUGGAAGGUAUAUAUAUACUAUCUCUGGUCAAUAUGGCCCACAGUGCAGAGGACCUACAGCUCGCAACUUUGUGCUGGAUACAAAGACGAAAGAGUGGCAUGAUUUGCCUCCACUACCUGUCCCUAGGUAUGCACCAGCCACACAACUUUGGAGAGGCAGACUUCAUGUUAUGGGUGGUAGCAAGGAGGACAGGCAUGAGCCUGGAUUGGAGCAUUGGAGUCUUGCAGUAAAGGACGGAAAAGCAUUGGAGAAAGAAUGGGGAAAAGAAGUGCCAAUACCCCGUGGUGGACCCCACAGGGCUUGCGUUGUUGUUAAUGAUCAACUUCUUGUUAUUGGAGGCCAAGAGGGUGAUUUUAUGGCCAAACCUGGAUCACCUAUUUUUAAAUGUUCUCGAAGGCAUGAGGUUGUAUAUGGAGAUGUUUACAUGCUAGAUGAUGGGAAAAAGUGGAAGCAACUGCCUCCGAUGCCUAAGCCAGAUUCUCACAUAGAAUUUGCAUGGGCUAUUGUCAACAAUUCCAUUAUCAUUGUUGGAGGCACAACGGAGAAACACCCUGUGACCAAAAAGAUGAUACUCGUUGGAGAAGUAUUCCGAUUCAACUUAGAUACCUUGGUAUGGGAAUUUCUUAUUUGUUCUACUUUAUCUGGCUUCUAUGAUGGAUGGUUGUAUUUUACAUCUGGCCAGAGAGAUAGAGGACCAGAUGAUCCGGCUCCAAGAAAGGUUGUUGGAUCCAUGUGGAGAACUAAGUUAAGAUUAUUAUGAGCCCAUUAUUUGAUCCUAACCCAAUUGUGACGCUUCAAUUUUUUUUUUUUUUUUUUUUUUGGUUUUGUUUGUGUUAUGUGUAACAAAAAUUAUUCUUUUGUUUUUGUCGGCUUUAUUUUUUUUAGAUCUGUAUUUGUAUAGAUUGUUAAGCUGUUAACAUGCCCCAGUUGAAAUCUUUGUAUCCUUUCGUCUGUAUCUUUUUUCUACCACUGGAAUUAUGAAAGGAAAAUGAGUU